GCUGUAACGAGUGUAUCGAUCGAAUAUAAUCUUUUAAGAAUUGAUUAGUAUUAAUGCGACCAUUUGGGACGAUAUUUUAAAGCGCAAUUUAUGCACCGUAUUAAUUGUUAAUCGAACGGAUGUAAAUACAUAAAUACACAUACAGUUAUAGACAGGCAUCAAUACGCAGAGCUAUACAUAAAAACAAAAAUGGAUGAAACUGUUAUUAUAUGCGUUGGUGAUAAAAGAUAUAACGUCGAAAUAAAAACACUGUGCAAAUAUUCCUCGUUGUUCAGUGAUCUUUUGAAAAGUCUCCGGAGGGGCGAAGGUAAAGUACCAAGUGUAGCCGCUUCAAGCAAAGAAAGCACGCACGUGUUGUUACAUAGGAACACCGACGUCUAUGAAGACGCAUUCGUGCUCGAGAUGAAUGGAAUCCCAAGCGAGGACGUUAAACUCACGUUAGACACGAUGACUACAACGAUGAAGGAUACAUCGUUUACUAGAAGUAACAUAUUGCGAAUGUUGCCAGUCGUGAAGGAGCUGAACAUUAGUCACCUUCAUCGUCGUAUUGACAAAGAACUGCUUGCAAUAUUAAAUUCAUCUGCAUCCAGCUCCAAUGUGAACAUGAUCUUAGAAAACCUCCAAGUGGCUGAAGAAUAUUACCUCAGCCGUGUUAAACAAUGGUGCAUUAGUGCAUAUGUACCAAAAUCCAGUGCACACGAUCGAAAUACGUUAUUAAAAGACUUUCACAUUUCUGAUGCCUCGAAACUGGAAAUCCUGAACCGAAUGGCGGACGCUGUCUCAGAAAAUUAUGUCGAUCAGUUGAAGGGUAUACGCGAGGAAUCGGAACGUAAUUGUAAACAAAUGGAGGACAACAGAGCCGAAUUCGUUUCCCAGACCGAGCAAUGGAAGAAGGAAUUAGAUAAACGAGUUCAGGUCGUUAUCGAACAAAACAAAUCCCUCCAUAAAGCAUUUGUAGAUACCAAUGGAUUUGACUGGGUUUGUGAAAAGUUCGACGAUAUGAUAUCCUCCGCUUUCCAUGAAAAGAAAAUCUUCAAGGAAUUGGAACAGAUAAAAGAGCAAACGAAAAAGAUGUUUGAAAAUCUAGGAUUGAUAAAAGAUGAGGCUUUGGAAGCAAAAAUGGCUGAAGAAAGGUCUAAAAUAUUCGUCAAUGAGAAAAAAUACACGGCGGGGGUUAAUUACAACGACAGCGAAAUACGCCAAGCACUUAGCACGCUAAAUAAAUCAUGGAACGACAUCGAGAAUAGUAUAAAGUCAUAUAAUCAAACUGUUCUUGAAAAAAUUAAACAAUGUCUAGAAACAUGUCGACUGAACGAAACCGUGCGAGAGUCCCUUACAUCACAGUUUGCCCUGCAGACGGAUUUCGACGAACUUUAUCAAGAUCUUGAUAAGCGUUUUAAGAAGCUAACUGAAACUGAGAUUGAUUUAAAAGAAAGUCUGCAGGAGCUUAAACGAGCAAAGUUGGAAAUCCAGAAGUACCAAAGGAGAGAGCAUGCUAUAAAUACAUGGGUGAAGCAAGGAAAACCCACGUUGGGCAAUUCUAACAAGUGCUCGUGUUUUCGACAUUCUGAAAUGACAAGAAAACUAAAAUCUCAGUGAUGUUUGUAAGAAACUUGAAAUAAUAACACACUAAAGCACACGUAAAUACUAUUCGUAGCAACAUAUACAUAUUUAUUUAGUAAGGUUCUGCAGACGUUUGUUCGGUAGAAAUACAAUGAUCGAUCAUUUAGUAAAUAAUUAACAAAAAAGACAUGCAUUAUUUUUUAGUUUAAGGCGUUAUAAUUUCGAUAUAGAACAUUGUAAAAAUUAAUUGUUUGCUGAAGUAGAUCUGUUCAUUUUACAAAUAUAUAACUUGUUUCUAUUAAAAAAGAUUCGAUAUGUUGUUUGGAUAGAACCACAUUAUUUAAGCAUUAAAACAAACGAAUAUUUUUGUCCGAAAUAUUAAUCUGGAAAAAUAAUUCAGUAAAUGUUUUCACGAUGUAUGUACUCAUAACUUGUAAUUUUUAUUAUAUGAAAACAUUGAUCAUGCAAUUAUGUUAAA